AUGACAACAGAUAUGACAGAGAGCAAUAACACCAAAUCCAGCGCUCCCCUCCUGACUCAGAGACACCUGAGGAUGGUGACCAAGGAUGGACACAGCACAUUCCAGAUGGACGGUGCCCAAGGCAGAGGUCUGGCAUACCUCCGAGACGCAUGGGGAAUACUAAUGGACAUGCGCUGGAGAUGGAUGAUGCUUGUCUUCUCUGCCUCUUUUGUCAUUCACUGGCUAGUCUUUGCAGUACUUUGGUAUCUGCUGGCUGAGAUGAAUGGGGAUCUGGAGCUGGACCAUGAUGCUCCACCUGACAACCACACUAUAUGUGUCAAGUACAUCACCAGUUUCACAGCUGCUUUCUCCUUCUCACUGGAGACGCAGCUCACGAUUGGCUACGGCACUAUGUUCCCCAGUGGCGACUGUCCCAGUGCUAUUGCUCUGCUGGCAAUCCAGAUGGUCCUGGGGCUCAUGCUGGAAGCCUUCAUCACAGGUGCUUUUGUGGCAAAGAUCGCGCGGCCCAAGAACAGGGCGUUCUCCAUCCGCUUCACGCGCUCCGCCGUGCUGACACGCGCCGAGGGCAAGCCCUGCCUCAUGUUCCAGGUGGCCAACACACGCUCCAGCCCCCUGACCAGUGUCCAGAUCUCUGCCAUACUCUACCAGGAGCACGAGAACGGGCAGCUGCACCAAACAAGCAUUGACUUCCACCUCGACAGUGUUACUGUGGAUGAGUGUCCUUUUUUCACCUUCCCGCUGACCUACUACCAUUCCAUCACUCCCUCCAGCCCACUGGCUGCUCUCCUCCAGAGAGAACCUCCUCACCACUUUGAGCUGGUUGUCUUCCUGUCAGCCGUGCAGGAGGGCACGGGCGAAACGUGUCAAAGGAGAACAUCCUACCUGCCCUCAGAGAUCAUGCUGUACCAUCACUUUGCCCCCGUGCUAGCCCGCAAUGCCAAAGGAGAAUAUCAGAUCAAGAUGGAGAAUUUUGACAAGACUGUACCUGAGCUCCCGGCUGCAGCCGACUCCAAGAGUCCAACAAGGACUGACAAGGAGAUCCGCAUCAACGGGCAGCACGCUGACAGCUUCCAGCUCUCUGAGCCUGGCCUCACAGAAUAG